AUGUCCAACAACACCUCCAAUGUCUGCUUCAACAGCACAGGAAACAUCAACAUCUUCCCUGUGUGCAUGUACUCUUUCAUCUUCUUCGUGGGUCUCCUUUUUAAUCUCAUAGCUCUGGUCUUUUUCUUCAGAAUUACCAAAUCCAGAUCACAAACCGUCGUCUACAUGACUAACCUGGCCAUAGCAGACAUACUGCUCAUCCUUACGUUGCCCGUGAGAAUCUACUACCACCUGGGAUUUUCUGGCCUUCCUGGGUUGCUGUGUGACAUCCUUGGUUUGGUCCUGAAGGCCAACAUGUAUGGGAGCAUCUUUCUCCUAACUUGCAUGUGCUUUGACCGUUGCAUGGCCGUCACAUUACCUAUGUCAAGUCGUGUCAAGGAAUGGAGAAAGAAAGCGCCACUGGUUUGUCUCGGAAUAUGGAUAUUCACUUUCGGUGCCAGCCUGCCCAUCUACUUUUCCAAGCGCAAGACAGAUGAGAACACGAACUGUUUUGAUGACCUGCCAGUCUAUUCCAUAAAUCCUGCCGUUGCCUUAUCCUCUCUGUUCGUGGGGUUUGGAAUCCCACUAGUAAUCAUGCUGAUUAGCUCCUGGGUUUUGGUACGCGCCGUCCGGCAGAGCUCUGUGGCCCAGACCAACCUGGUCGACAGCAAAAAGAUCCAGAGGAUGAUUGCUACCAGCCUCCUCAUUUUCCUACUCAGCUUCCUCCCUUACCAUGUCACCCUCGUUGUCCUCUCUUUGAACAGAGAAAAUAUAACAUGCCGCAUGCAUGUUGCAUACCGCUACAGCCUGAUUGUGGCAUGUCUUAACACAGUACUCGAUCCGGUUGCCUACUAUUUUACCACGGAGACCUUCAGGAAGAAUGUAGACAUAAGCGCCUUUCGGAGGAUGUUUCCUUUGAAUAGUCAAAGUUCUGAUCUGAACAACAAGGACAACAAAACAAAACAAGUGUCAACAAAACAAUUAGAACAUGGGUAAUCCAUCAC